GCCAUCUUGAAUUCCAACAACUUCAGCCAACAUCAAGAUACUCUGAUUUAUUCUUUCUAGCCUCUUGAUAAUUGGACUGACUACAACAAUACUACAAUUACCGAGAUUUGAUCUCAAGUCUCAUCUCUUCAUCUCAAUUUAUUGAGACGCUGAGACGCGACCAUCUUUACCUCCCCCUUCUUUCAUUACCACCACCCUUUAAAUCUACAUCAUGUCUUCCAUCAACGUAAAACCGACGCUCAAGCUCGACACGAGUCAGAGCAUGCCUCCUCCUCCCAAUGGCGACAAUCCUAAACCCAAAUUGAAGCUAAAUACCGCCACUCCUUCCAGAGAAAAGAUUAAGAUCAAUCUCAAGGAGAAAUUAGGCGGUAGUCAGCCGGGCACGCCUGCCGCCACUUCUGCAGCUCCGACGCCAUCUACUACUAAGUCCAAGGCAGGAAGAACGUCUAAGCCGACCAAGAAGCUACUCGAAUCGAAGAAGCGCGGUUUCGACAGCGAUGACGAAGACCGCCCGUUGUCGGAAACUCGCCAGGAAUCAGCCCGACCGAGCAAGAUGAUUAAGAUUAAACACAAUCACAGUCACAGUCAGGGUCACAGUAUCCCUCCUACGCCUAUUAAUUCCAUCAAGUUCAAGCCCCGAGGCGAGCCCAUCGAGCAUCACCCUGGUGAUGGCUACGAUUCCGAGGCUAGCGACCGCGAAGCUGACCCCAUCCGAGAAAGCACUUUCGUGAUCCGUACUCUUCCUGAUCCAUCAAUGGACUAUUUAAAGAAGGCUCUAGAGGAGGGUACAGUGGGUGUACCUAAGCAAAUGGGAGGCGCAGAUUUUAGCGUUCAGUUUAUCGAUGCUAAGACGCGUCGAGCUGUAGUUACUAUCGACGGAAACCAUUACGCCGCUGUUCUAGUCCAGCUCCCUACUAUCACAGAAGCGACAAAGACGUGGGACAAAAGGAACAUGAUGAAGAACUCGGACAUCUCGGAGAUGCUUCUAUGCUUUAAGAAAGUCAACAGCGAGGCUGAAGCCAAGAUUGUCCCGAUUCCGGAGAUGGUCUCCAAGAACGACUUCAAGUGGCCGCAUGGCCUUACUCCGCCUUUGCACGACGCCCCCCAUCGACGGUUCAGAAAGACAUUAUCUGAGAAGCAAUGGCAGAAUAGCGCAGCUCGAGUUUUGCAAUUACUGGAAGAAGAUGAAACUGCUUUAGAUGUACAGGUCGAAGUGAUACGUGAUGAUGACGACUCCGAAGAAGAGGAGGAUGAAGAGGAUGCCGAAGGUGAAAUUGAGCAAGAUUACUUUGGAGGACAGCCUGACGCUAUGGAGGAUGACAUGGAAGAAGAUGAUGAGUUGCUGGCCGCUAUGGAAGCAGCACUCGAGGACGCAAUCCCAGUCGAAGAACCAGUCACAGCCACGCCAAAUGUACCUUUGGAAGCACCCGAAGCCCCAACUCCGAUGACCAUCGAUGCUAUCACACCCGCACCUAUAGCAGAUGAGGUCAUGUCAGAAGAAGACGAAGACGAAGAUGACGAGGAAGAUGAGGAAGACGAUGACGACGAUGACGAUGACGAAGAAGAAGUGGAUGAGGAGCAACUAGUCGCAGAACGGGAGCGUCAAGAGAAGCUUGAUGAGAUCGAGCACUUGAAUAAGGCAUACGAGGACACACUGCGCCAGCUCGCCGAAGUCAAUGCGCCUAUCCUGAAGAGACGUAUUCUAACGACAAAGGAUAAUCUCGAGAAGGAGAUCGCCGUCAAGAAGGCCGCCCUAGGUCUAACUGAUGAGGACUAGGACCGAUAUACCCACAGGA